CCGAGCCUGGAGCGAUGGCGGCGGCCGCCUACGAGCUGCUGGUGCUGGGCGGCGGCUCCGGGGGGCUGGCGGGGGCCCGCCGGGCGGCCGAGCUCGGCGCCCGGGUCGCGCUGGUGGAGCCGCAGCGCCUCGGCGGCACCUGCGUCAACGUUGGAUGUGUGCCAAAGAAGGUGAUGUGGAACACAGCGGUGCACGCGGAGUUUGUCCACGACCACGCUGACUAUGGCUUUGAAACUGCGGGUGUCAAGUUCAACUGGAGGACCAUCAAGGAGAAGCGAGACGCGUACGUGCGGCGCCUCAAUGACAUCUACGAGAACAAUGUGAAGAAGGCUCACAUUGACGUCAUCCGGGGCUAUGGAAAGUUCACCGCCGAUCCCGAGCCAACCAUCGAAGUGAAUGGGAAAAAGUACACGGCUCCUCACAUCCUUAUAGCCACGGGAGGGCGCCCGGCUGUCCCUUCCGACAGCGAAAUUCCUGGUGCCAGUCUGGGGAUGACCAGUGAUGGCUUCUUUGACCUGGAGGAGCUGCCGAGGCGCAGCGUCGUCGUCGGGGCCGGCUACAUCGCGGUGGAGAUGGUGGGGAUCCUCUCCACACUGGGCUCCAAGUCAUCGCUGCUCAUCCGCCACGACAAGGUGCUGCGAACCUUUGACUCCCUGAUCAGCUCCAACUGCACCCAGGAACUGGAGAACACCGGGGUGGAUGUCUGGAAGCACACACAGGUCAAGAAGGUCACCAAGUCUCCGUGUGGGCUGCUGGAUGUGACGGUGGCCUCGGUGGCACCCGGCCACAAGCCGACGGAGGCAGUGAUCCGGGACGUGGACUGCCUGCUGUGGGCUGUGGGGCGGGAGCCCAGCUCCGACGGGCUGGGCCUGGAGCGAGUGGGCGUGCGGGUGGACCCCAAGGGCCACGUGGUGGUGGAUGAGUACCAGAACACCACCAGGAGAGGGAUCUAUGCCAUCGGGGAUGUCUGUGGGAGAGCCCUCCUCACCCCAGUGGCCAUCGCAGCUGGCAGGAAGCUGGCCCACCGGCUCUUCGAGGGCAGGCAGGACUCCCGGCUGGACUACGAGAACAUCCCCACGGUCGUCUUCAGCCACCCGCCCAUCGGCACCGUGGGGCUCACCGAAGAGGAGGCCGUGGCCGUACAUGGGAAGGACAAGGUGAAGAUCUACAACACAUCCUUCACUCCCUUGUACCACGCUGUCACCCAGAGGAAGGUGAAGUGUGUGAUGAAGCUGGUGUGCGCUGGCAAGGAGGAGAAGAUGGUGCCGCCGGCCUUCCAAAGAGAUGGAAGCGUCCUGGGACACGGAUCGGCGCUGACGCUCACCGAGCCGUUUUUAAAACUAAAAGGACAAUGUUCUGCAAGAACUCCGUGAUGAGGAUUCCAUGCUGAUGUUCCACGGGCUAUGGGGGAAGCAGAAAGCGGUUCCCUGCAAGUCUCAAUUGCCUGCCAGUCUCAGCUCCCUGCGUUGUGGAUAUUUUGUUGCUUCCAUGAGUAACACCUCUCCAUCUGAAGCUCUUUGGAUUCCAAAGUGAACUCGGCACCUUUUGGGCUUCCAGGAAGAGAGGAUGUGAAUAUGGGGAAGUGAUGGGGAGACAGAGAACUGCAGCAGUGUGUGUGUGUGUGCAGGGAGAACUGGGGUAGGAAUUCUAGACAAAAUCCUCUUACCUGGAUGCAGGAUCUUCUCUUGGCCAGAGGUUUGUCUGUCUGUGGCUUUUUCAGAGCAUCCAGCUCCGGGCCCCCAGUCCAUCAUCCUGGAUUCUGGAAUUCCAUCUGCUGCAUCACACAGGGCAGAACUGCCCUUGCUGCAGUGUCUGUGUGUGGCUGGAGCUUCUCAGCCUCCAUUUACAGCAUGUGAUGAUUCCAUACAGGGUUGUUAUAAUUCCAUGGUGAGUUAUGCUGGAAAAGAAUUUGUUGGUUUCAGUUAAUAUUGGGACAAUUAUUUGUUCUGUCGAAUUUAAACGACUUGUUAAAGGAUUUAUUUUUAAAUUAUGGCAGAAAUUAAAAGGGGAGUGUAAAAAAUAGAGAAUUUAUUCUUAUUGAAGAAUGAUUCCUGCAUCCAUGAAAUCAUGAAUUGGAAGCCUGUUCUCCUAGAAUCUGUCCUUGGGAUGCUGUUUUUCUUUCCAGAAAAACCUGAUGCAGAGGCAGCUAAGGCAGAACCUGCCAUUUCAGGGGGCCACCCGGUUUGAUCUGGGCCACAAAGACUGAUUUUUUCCCCCCAGCUCCUGGCGUAAAAGCUGGAAUCUCUGGAGAGCCUGGACCUGAAUGCGGGAGCUCAGCAGGUAGGAGCAGAGUCCAGGAGAUGCCACUGUGCUGGGAGCACUCGGAGCUCCGGGGCAAUCUGGACUCUAAUGGAUGGGGGGUGUCAGGGGUGGCACCUGCAGGGGUGACUGUGACUUCCUGACCCUUGGAAUGAGCUUCCCAAGGCAGAACAGGGAGGCUCUGCAAUGGAACACAGCCCAGAAACUCUUCCAGCCGGACAGCCCCCAAAGCCCCGGGGCUUGGAGCCUUGCUUUGGGCAGGGCUCUCGGCUCCCUCCUUCCUGCCGUCCCUCCUCCCUGCCUGAGGCAGGAGCCGCAGGGGCUGCGGGAGCAGGGGCUGCAGCCUCGCUGCUGCCUGCGCGGAGCCAGCGGCUGAGGCGGAGCUGUAAGCGGGGUACCCGGGGGGAUUGGGCUGCCUUCGCCCGGGGCUGGGCUGCUCCUGCCUCCCUGCCGCGGAUGGGAGCUGGGGAAAACCGCGGGAGCUCAGCUAGCAACAGGUCUGUGUGUGUCUGAGAGAGCUGGAAUGCUGCUUGCACCGCUGGAGGUGCCCUGAUUGACUGGGGGCACAGCACUGCCUGCCCGGGCAUCCCGGUGAUGCCAGGGACCUGCCGGCUGGGAACAGCCCUCCUUGGGCUGCCCGGGGUGGGCAGGGCUGGGACUCGGAGCAGUUUGGGCACUGGAGGGGAUGGGGGUGGCAGCAGGUGCUCCUGAGCUUCUGCCUUUUGGGUUUCAGCCCCCGUGUGCAGGAGGGCCUGGGCUGAGAGCUGGACACUCUGCAGAGCUCCAGGAUUGGGAAAAGAAGAGCCUGGGGCUGUUUUUUUUGUGUUUUAUUUUUUCUCAGUAGUUAAGACAAGUUCACAUCAUUUUAUUUUGCACUUCUAUCAGUAGCAGGUACCUCCAGUAGGAGGAAAGUGUCUGGAGCUUGAAGUAGCUCAUGUUAGCCUGUAAAUCUGAACCAUGCCAGGGGCUGCAAAGUCUAAAAUACAGUGAGAUCAGUUUGGGGUGUUUUGC